AUGAGACCAAAAAGACAGUACAAUAAAGGUGGUUGGAUAAAAUUGGCAUUCCAAUCAAAGAAGACAUUCAAGUACGACACGGUAAUUGAUAUCAAAUCAAUUCCAAACGACUCGAACCUCGACAAUCAUAUCCCAACAGGCUUAUCCAUCUCUAAAGAAAGAAAGCUACCUAGUUGCAAAUGGACACAAAAACGCCCAGAUCCAAAAUACAACGGCAUUCUUCUUGUCUUUAAAUACAAAAAAGGCCACGCAGAUCCAAAUACAACGGCAUUCUUCCUUGUCUUUAAAUACAAAAAUUGCCGCCCAGAUCCAAAUACAACGGCAUUCUUCUUGUUAAAAUAUAAAAUGGCCAAGGAGAAACUGUUCAAGAAGAUCUUUGUUUUUCCCGAUCUCAAUUUGGCACUCCGCAAUGUGUAUACGAGCGACUUCUGCAGGAUAAUUACCCAAAGCAAUUUACCGCUACCACUAUUCUUUACACCUGCCCAAGCUAGGUCUCCCGAUACGUAUCCGUUCCAGCUCGAAUCAGUGGGAACCGUCCAAAAAAGAAAAAAAGAGGCACUGGAGUAA